UACCAAAUCAAAUUGAAAAAGAGUUCUCUCUCUUCUUGGCUUCUUGCUACAGCUGUGAAGCUUAUAGAUAGUUAAGCUCUUCCUUAGGGUUUUCUACUCUGAUAAAUUUUCUUUUAUCUGGUUGUUGAAGACUUACUUGUCCAUUCAGCAGAAGAGCAUUUGCUCGAAGACUCGGGGGAGUUUUGAUUUGUGUUCUGAUUCCGAAAUUCGUCUUCUAUGCAAAUGAUUUCAGAGGCGAAACCAUCUUUUCUUUCCAGCUUCGAUUCAUAGGUCGCGUAGGAGAGAAAUGCCAUGCUGAAAGUGGAAUGUAGAUUAUGGGUAGAGACAUUUCGACUGUAUAGUUUUAUUGGGAGUAUAAUGGCGAAAUCGUGUGAAAGGCCUUAUCGGAUCGGUGCAUUUGGAUUGAAUAGGGGUUCGAUACGGACGGUGCAUUUUGGAUGCACUAGGGCUUUGAUACGAAGUUCUUAGGAAUGUCGAGACGUAGAUAAACAUGAGCCGGACGGAAAUUUCGAGAAUGAGGCCUCCCCUGGUUCCUCUUGCAACUCUUAUCGGUCGCGAGCUCAGGAACAGUGACAAGACUGAGAAACCUAGUAUUAGAUAUGGGCAGGCUGCUUUGGCGAAGAAAGGGGAGGACUAUUUUCUAAUAAAGCCCGAUUGCCAGAGGAUUCCGGGAAAUCCGGCGUCGUCCUUUUCUGUCUUUGCGAUUUUUGAUGGGCACAACGGCAUAUCGGCAGCUAUAUUUGCUAAGGAGAAUCUAUUGAAUCAUGUCAUGAGUGCGAUUCCUCAGGGCAUUUCUAGGGAAGAGUGGCUUCAAGCUCUCCCACGGGCAUUGGUUGCAGGUUUCGUCAAGACUGACAUAGAAUUUCAGCGGAAAGGAGAAACAUCAGGGACAACAGUCACCUUUGUUGUAAUUGAUGGGUGGACUGUGACAGUUGCUUCUGUCGGAGAUUCUCGAUGCAUAUUGGAUACGCAGGGAGGUGUAGUUUCUCUUUUGACAGUUGAUCACAGGCUAGAAGAGAACGCAGAAGAGAGGGAACGUGUCACCAAAAGUGGGGGUGAGGUGGGAAGGCUUAAUGUUUAUGGCGGAACUGAGGUGGGCCCUCUCCGGUGCUGGCCUGGUGGUUUAUGCCUUUCAAGAUCCAUUGGUGACACGGAUGUUGGAGAGUUCAUCGUCCCUAUACCGCAUGUUAAGCAAGUGAAGCUUUCAAAUGCUGGGGGAAGAUUAAUAAUUGCUUCUGAUGGAAUCUGGGAUGCCUUGUCAUCUGAAAUGGCUGCUAAAUCUUGCCGGGGAUUACCUGCAGAGCUUGCUGCAAAGCUGGUUGUAAAGGAAGCCCUGAGGUCAAGGGGUCUGAAAGAUGAUACAACCUGCCUUGUGGUCGACAUCAUUCCACCUGAACAUUCUGUGUUGCCAUCAACCCCAAGGAAGAAACAAAAUGUGAUCAGUUCAUUUAUUUUUGGAAAGAGAUCUCAGAACUCGAUCAAUAAAUUGACAAACAAGCUUUCCUCGGUUGGAGUUGUUGAGGAGCUGUUUGAAGAAGGUUCUGCAAUGCUUUCUGAAAGGUUGGGUAAGGAUUUCCCCCAGAAGACCAACUCUGGACAAUUCAGAUGUGCAAUCUGCCAAGUUGAUGAACCACCAACCGAUGGUUCAGAAGUGCAAUCUGCCAAAUGUGCAAACUCGGGGUCUUUCUACUCACCCACAUCAAAACCAUGGGAAGGUCCCUUCCUUUGCACGAGUUGUAGGACUAAGAUGGAUGCCAUGGAAGGAAAACGGCCGAGCCAACCAAAGUGACAACAUAGCAAUAUUCCCACUAAUCAUUAUACCAUUACUUACAUAUGCACUUGCUAUCUGGCAGUCUGGUCGUGUUUCUGAGAAAAGUAUAGGAAUUGUUCACUAUAGAGCUGAUCACUCAAGAGUCAAGAAUGGAGGGUCGGUCGGGGUGUCAUUCCUGGUGAAGAUUUACGUGUAAGAAGGAAAGAUAGAAAGAUUGAAUGGGUCCUAUAGAAGUGAAUUGUUGAUUUGGGUUUAUGAUGGGAGGACUAACCAGUAACCACGGAAACAGCCAUGCUUAUCUCAUAAAUACAUAUUGGUGAUUGUUUGGUUUCUAACAUCUUGAAUUUGUAAGUAACAUUUGUGAUGACAAUUAUCAUUUUCUUAGUACAGGUGUUGUUAUGUCAGUUUGUCUUUUUCUCAACUGGAGGGUUCGCUUGCCAGAUUUGAUGGUUGAAAUUACUCGUCCUUAGCCUUCUACAGUGCGAUUCUCAUCAUUCACCAUGUGAGUACCAGAGGGAAAGGUUGCUUUUCUUGGCGAUGCCACUUUAUUUCUCUUUUUUAUUAUCCCCAUGCACUGCUAGUCUGCUAGUGCCAUAUUAUGUGUCUUUUGAAAAACGAAAGUUAAAGAAAAAUAUGAAUUUGUUACUGUGGAAAUGAUGGAUGAAAUAUUUGUUAUGGA